AUGUCUGUCCACAGAACAAAGUAUGCUGCAGUAGUUUGUGGUGGCGGCCCUGCAGGAAUCACAGUGCUUGGAAACCUUUUGGAAAGAAAGGUUGGGCCGGUGCUUUGGGUUGAUGAUCUAUUCGAGGCUGGCAGAGUUAAUAAGGCAUACAGAGAAGUGCCAUCACAGANNAAUACCAAGGUCAAAUUAUUCGUGGACUUUGCUGAGGCCGUAUCACCUUUCCAGAAGAUCAUUAAGGACACGCCCUCACCUCAUGCAGUCGACUAUCUUCGAGACCUUCCACAGGACACUGGAUGUGAUCUCGGUUAUGCCGCAGACAUGUGUCUCAUGCUUACCGAAGGCUUGAAGAAAGCACCUGGUGUUGAAGCCCGUCAAGGCAGGGUAACUGAAGCAAUCCUCAGCGAGACAAACGACUGGGUUGUCAAUGUCAAGUUGUCGAACGGUGAAAUGAGCAAGGCCAUUUCAUCCAGAAUGAUUCUUUGCACCGGCUCUUCUCCGACAAACCAACAACUUCCUGUUGAUGUUUCGGACCUCUCAGCUCUGGACCUAGACCAAGCUCUCAGCCCAACCCUCUUAGCAAAAGCAAUUCCCAAAGAGCCUUCGACAGUCGCCGUUAUUGGCGCAUCUCACAGCGCUGUCCUGGUGCUCAUCAACCUCUACAAUCUCGCCUCGACUACUCACCCUGACUUGAAGAUCAAAUGGUUUACCAGACAUCCCCUUCGAUACGCAGAAUUCAUGGAUGGCUGGAUCAGACGUGACAACACUGGUCUCAAGGGUGCAGCAGCAGCAUGGGCCAAGGAAAACCUCGAGCCUGAGAAGUUCGAGUCAUCUCCUGUCAGCAAAUUCAUCACAAAAAUUGCCUAUGAGAAGGAAAACGAGACUCAAACCUACGAGAAGCAUCUUCAGGGUUGUAAUCGCUAUGUGCAAGCCAUUGGCUACACCAGAGAUCCCCUGCCUGGACUCAAGGAUGCUGCUGGCUCCGAUAUCACCUACAACUACCAACCCGACACAGGCUCUUUCAAGAAUGUUGAUGGAAAGCAGAUCCCUGGACUCUUUGGUGCUGGCAUUGCUUGGCCAGAGCGAGUCACCGAUCCUGAGGGCAGUGUGGAAUGGGCAGUCGGCUUCUGGAAGUUUAUGCGUUAUGCAAAGAGAGUGGUUCCUGAUUGGAACUAG